AACGAAAGUCUUACGGAUUUGGAACGACAUGAGGGUGAGUAAAUAAUGACAGAAUUUUCAUUACUGGGUGAACUAACCCUUUAAAUAGAUUUUCAUUCAUGCCAACUUUAAGUUUUCACUAGGGGAUAGUCUGUAAAGUUAAAUGUUCCUGGAAAAACUCUCCAUCAUAAACAUGGGGGUUAUGGGAUGUUGCCAGGAUGCCAGAAUUGCUACACUGUUGCUAGGGUAUUCUGAGUGGUUGCUACAGGAAAAAGAGCCCCUAAAUCUGAAAGAUAUGUUGGGGUCUUUUCUUUAAUGUAAAUCUAUGGGAUUUUUUGUUGUUUUUAGUUUUACCAUUUGCCAGGUGAAAAUUGUCCUUAGAAUCUUGAAAUUGUCACUAUUACACAAAAGUAACAGUCAUAAUUUGACAUUUUAUCCAUGCACGAUAGAAGUCAAUGGGAUGACUCAAUAUAAGAUUUUAGCAAGGUAAAUGGGUGUGUAAACGUCUGGAAAGCAGAUGAACAGCAUGUCUGAACAGAAAAAAGGGACAUUUUCAGCACAUCACCUAAAUAGCACCAGUAAAAUGAUCCUCCAAAUGUAUGUCAUUACACAGAGUUGAUCAAAGAUCAGCAUUGUUAUUAAAGGCAUUGAAACACGUGUCUGUAGCUAUAGGGGGGAAAUCAACAAAAUGAUAUUACUGCCUUAGUCAACAUCAACAGUUUCAUGUUUCACAUUAAUUAUGCAUGGAAAAAUUCCAUUCUAAUUUAUCUGGUGUUGUGAUGUGGUUUUAAUUACUUGUUUGAUGAUGUCAUCUUUUGGGAUCUGACAGGUGAUAGGGAAGUGCUGGCUCAGAAACAUUAUGGAAAUAUUUACAUAUACUGUAGCAAUUUAGUAAGGUUGAUAUGUAUGAAAAAUAUAUCAAAUUAUUAAACUGAACAUAAAAAUAAGAUAAAAGUAUGUAUUAGAACUGAGUAUAAGUACAAUUGUGUUAAAACAUUCUGUAAAAUUAAUAUAAAAAUGACAAAGGGUUCUUUUAGCCUUUGCUGGAUGAUUAAUCUUUGACACAUUUAGAGUGACAAUGUUGUAUUUUCACAACUUUUAUUGUUUCUGCACUUAUCUUAACAUGCACAGAAAUGGAUAUCUGGGUAAUUUAAACAGUGAUGCUUGCAUCUUGACUGAACAUUUAAAUCCAUUAAGGGAAACCUUACUGACAUUUUAUAAUAUAAUGCCUCCGAAGCUGACAUUUGUUUGUGUGUAUGGCAGAUAUAUGUGAGAGAAGACCUGGCCAUGAGUGUGUGACUAUGUGGCAAGCCUCUGCAUGUCUUUAACUUGACUUUGAGCUUUAGUUGGUAUUCUGAGUCUCUGUUGUUAAAAUUAAUAACGGGAUUUGUUCAACCACCCGAGACAGGGAAUGUCUUCUCCUUCUCCUGCCCUUUUUCACUUUGACCUUUAGUUUUUCAUAGUUUAAUUAUCAGAAAUUAUUCAAGAAAGAAAUAUGAAAACUAGCCAUCCUCAGCAUCUUCUGACCUGUUUUAAACAUGCAGCAUUUUGAAAAUAACAAAAGCAGCUCUGAGAGGGUAUGUGAAAUCACUGUGACCAGAGGGAAAUAAAUCUUUUUUUUUUUUUACACAGAAUUACUAAACUUUUCUCUUUUUAUUAUUAUUAUUAUUAUUAUUAUUAUUAUGCUAUAAUAUAAUUAGGCAACAACUAAUGGCUUACAGGAAAUGCAGGCUAAUAAUAAUGGUAAAUGUUAAAUGUAGACAUUUGCAUUCUUCAUUUAUUGUUUUUGUCUAUCUUUUUUUUUUUUUUUUUUUGCCAUUUUUGAAAUGCAAACGAUUAUUAUUUUCGACCAGUAUACUAACUGGGUGGUUAUUGUAUUAAUAGGACUUUAACCAUAACAUAGCACCUUUGCUUUUAGCUAUGGAUGUCUUCACUAUUAUUUUCUGCCGUUAAUCCCCAAAGCAUGAGGGAAUGAAUAUAGGCCUACUGGCAUAAUGUUAAAACUCUAAUAAUAUGCUAAUAGAAAUAAUUUGUAAGAAUUACUGUACACUGAACCGGAAAAAUAAACCGCAUCUUGAAAAAGUUUUUAAAAUUUAAAAAAUUUAAAAAGUUUAGGUCACAUUGCGAUAAAUAUGUAUAAGCUCUCGACAGAAAUCGCCUUUGCGUAAACAGGUGACUAGACGUCUGUAUCGGACGGUACAUCAACAAAUGUCAUUGUUUAACACAUUUAGACAUCACAAAUAUGUUAGAAAAAAAAAUAUUGGCUUUUGUUUAAAAUGUUGUUAAGAUAGUUACCUGUUCUCAGGGCGCCACAAUACAAUCUAAAAUGUUGAGCAAGACGUACUGUAAGGCUACUGAUAUUCUUUUGGCGCUCUGAAAGUAACUGAAUAAUCCACAAACGGGUUAAAUUAUCUAAUUUGUUAGGCUACUGUUAAUGUAGGCCUAUUUAUUUAUUUUUAUUUAUUUUUAUUUUAUUUUUUUUUUUGCGUUUCUUAAUCAUGUCUUUAUCCGUUUUACGUUAUAAUCAUAUUAUUUUUGAUCAUUUUUCCAAUCUAAAAUAAUUCGAAUUACAUUUUUUUUUUUACACAAAAUAUUACUUUUUAAAAUAUUUUUUAUAUAAACAAUAUAAACUACAAUGCUUGCCUAAAAUGCCAUGCAUUUGCAUGUUGACAAGUGGAUCGAAUGGAAUCUCAAUGAGGAAAUAGGUAACCAAUCAGUAAAACCCCUACAAUCUCUCUCUCUCUCUCUCUCUCUCUCUCUCUCUCUCUCUUUCUUUCUUUCUUUCUAUCUCAAACGUUUCCCAUGCUUUCCCUGUGAUCUAUCCACGACCUCUUCAGCUAUCAAAAAAAAAAAAAAACUGCUCACACGUCACUGGUGAAGGUGGAUCAUAACAUGUGCCAAUACCUAUAAAGCUCGAGCGCGCGAGAUGCACUGAAGACACAUAGCUCACCCAAGAGAGACAGAUUCUGGAAGUUUCACUCGAUAUCUUCGGUAUGAUUUUACACUAGUGCUGAGAUAUCCGAAGAGCGCGUAAAGGGAUCUUCUUGCGUGUUUCACAACUUUUGGAGGCGCUCCAUCACGUAGAACUCAUCAACAGCACGCACAGGCGCACGUGCAUUCUUUUCUUUUUUUUCUUUUUGGCUUUGAUCAUCGUUGGAGAUGUUCGGGCACGAUAUCUGCCUCGUGUCCGCGUUGCUGGCUGCUGCCGGCGCCGUCUUACCGGUGCUGCUGUUGCUUGUGGUCUCGCGGCUGCUGUGGGAGUUCAGGUGGAGCAUCACCCGGGAUCGGACGUGUAAACUCCCACUUCCGCAGGGCUCCAUGGGCUGGCCGCUGGUCGGAGAAACUUUCCACUGGCUUUUCCAGGGAUCCAGCUUUCACAUCUCUAGACGAGAGAAACAUGGAAAUGUUUUUAAAACUCACCUUUUGGGCAAACCCCUCGUCCGAGUGACCGGUGCAGAAAACAUCCGUAAGAUUCUGCUGGGUGAACACACGCUGGUGUGCACACAGUGGCCCCAGAGCACACGCAUCAUCUUGGGGCCCAACACUCUAGUAAACUCAGUUGGUGACCUGCACAAGAGAAAAAGAAAAAUCCUUGCAAAAGUGUUUAGCCGUGGGGCGCUGGAGGCCUAUCUGACACGCCUUCAAGACGUCGUCAAGUCUGAAAUUGCCAAGUGGUGCACCGAGGCGGGGUCUGUGGAUGUUUAUGUCGCAACCAAGUCACUCACCUUCCGCAUCGCAGUGCAAGUUCUGCUCGGUCUGCGCCUGGAUGAGCAGCAAAUCGCUUAUCUCUCUAAAACCUUUGAACAGCUCAUGAACAACCUCUUUUCACUUCCUAUUGACAACCCCAUAAGCGGCCUGCGCAAGGGAAUCAGGGCCCGUGAGAUUCUGCACUCUGCCAUGGAGAAGAUCAUAGAGGAGAAACUGAAAAAGCAGCAAGCCAGCGACUACUGUGACGCUUUUGACUAUAUGCUGAGUAGUGCAAAGGAAAAUGACUAUGAACUUACAAUGCAAGAACUCAAGGAAACAGCGGUAGAGUUAAUAUUUGCUGCCCACUCCACUACCGCAAGCGCAUCAACAUCCCUCAUCCUGCAGCUUCUGCGUCAUCCAGACGUGAGCGGGAGUGCCAGAGCAGAGUUAGAGAGCGAAGGCUUGAUCAGCGACUCACACGGAUGCUGCCGCUCUCGUUGCCAUGGGAACAUCAUCAUUGAGGAAGGCAAUGCUGCUGAGAAGAGUUCCAGCGAGUGGAGAUCGACGACGAAUAAAAAUAUGUGUUUUGAAGCAGUGGACAAGGAAGAGGGGUGUCGCUCUUGGACCCAUGUCCCUUACCUAAGCUUGGAGAAACUGAGUCAACUUUCUUACCUGGAUUGUGUGGUCAAAGAGGUGCUUCGGUUUCUUCCACCAGUGUCUGGAGGAUACAGGACAGUUCUGCAAACAUUUGAACUGAAUGGUUAUCAGAUCCCGAAGGGCUGGAGCGUCAUGUACAGCAUUCGUGACACGCAUGAGACUGCAGAAGCAUAUCAGAACCCGGAGCUCUUUGACCCGGAUCGAUUCUGUGCAGAUAGAGACAAUAGCAAAACCGACCGCUUCAGUUACGUGCCUUUCGGAGGCGGUGUGAGGAGAUGCAUCGGGCGGGAGCUUGCUUUGAUUGUGCUGAAAACUCUUGCUGUGGAGUUGCUCGCCACGGCAGAUUGCACUCUGGCGACGGAAACGUAUCCAAGGAUGCAAACAGUGCCAAUCGUGCAUCCGGUCAAUGGAUUGCAUGUGUUUUUUAACUACAGAACCCACGGGAUUGAGAGAAACCGGAGGGAGUCCACGCAUAUAUAAGCAAAAAACAUCAAUUAGACACUGUACCACAAACGCACAAACAUCAAACUGUCUUUGGGAAUCAUUUGCAGCCAUUUGCAGUUUCCUUCGUGAUGUUUAUAUAAAGCAAAACAUCUGGAAAUCUGACUGGGGUGAAAAGAUGGACCUGACACAGUCAUUAGAUAAUGCAAAGUCUUGAACUCUUGUUUGUUUGUGAACUUACCCCAGACAGCAACAUAGUGUCGACCCAGAUCCGGCCCACAUCUGGUACAUGUGGAUUACACGCAGACCAGAUGUGGGCCGGAUCUGGGCCGACACUAUGUUGCUGUCAGGGACGGAAAGGGUAAAUAUCCACUAGAAUGCAUGAAAAAGUUACUUAAGCUUAUGUAAAUUAUUGAAUAACCAAGCCAUUUUCAUGUGCAUGAGGACAUCAAGUACUACAGAUCUUUGUAGGAGGAAAAAAAGAAUAGAAAUGCAUUUAAAUUCAUUCAUUCUUUCAUCUCAGCAUUGUAUGUGAUAUAUAAACAAAACCAGUUUUUUUAAGAAAUGAAGUAGGAACACAAAUAAGCUCUAAUUAUAUAUGUAUUUUUCAAGUGAAUAGGGAUAGCUCAUUAAAUAAGAAAUAAUAUUAUGCCACUUUCUAAUUUCUAGGCCACUGUACUAUUAAAAUGACUAGUUAUCUAUAUAGUACAUGCUGUCGCUGCUGCGACUUUGUAUUUUAGUACUUACAGAAGUUACAUAUUGCUUUAAACUACUUAAAUAGGCAAGUAAUGCAUAGUUAUUUGUGUUUAUCAUGAAUGUAAGCUGUGAAAAAUGAUCUUUGCGCUGUGAACUGGGGGAUCAGUUUAAAUACAGGGAAGGAGAAAACAAGCAGCACUUUUUCUCCAAUUUAGGAGUAUAUGUGUAUUGUCGUGUCAAUACUUGUGUGUAAUUUGUAGUUCCUGUGCUAAUGUUUGUGUUGUUCAGUAGUGCUCAUUAAUUUUAUAUCUUUUAUGAUAUCUAUUUUGAAAUGUGCAUUUGGAGCUCUGCUAUGUUUAAGAUGUGUCUGUUCAAUAAAGAGAUUUGAUGUGUUUA